AUGUCUCAGAACUCUGUCCACACAUCGCACAGCGUUGUCGUGGUCCGGGAUUUUUUAAAAGAGCAUCUUCCGUCCAUGAUAGACAGUGCACAGUAUCUAACAGCCGUCGUCGGAGACGUAAUUGAUGUUAUAUAUGAACCGGAGAAUUGCGUGAGUCCUCAGAGGACGUGGAUAUAUGGGCGCAAGAGAGAAGCAGGUGACUGCGGGUGGCUACCAUCCACAUAUACUGUUAUGUUGAGCCGGGGAACUAGGCCUCUCUAUGAGCUAUCUUACGAAGAUCAGCUAUGGCUAGAAAACAGAUGCCUCACGCGUUUUGUUGAAAACGCCAUCAAUUACCUGCUUAGGGAUCGUCGAUACGCAGUUGAGGGAAUUUUCCGAUGUAGUGGAGAUAAGCGUAUGGAAAGCUGGAUAAUGGCGCAUGUUGCUCGAGCUGGGUCUAUCAAUUUUGAACAUGUCCCUGGCAUUACUGCACACUCCGUUGCGGAUGCCAUCAAGUUCUACCUUAAAAAGCUUCCCGAGUCCAUUAUUCCGCCUAGGCUUUGGACUCAGUUUAACGGACUUCUUCUUAAGUACAAGGAUAGCACUGUUCUCCAGGCCACGGAUUUCCCUGACGUGCAUUCACAGGUUUUUAGCCAGGGUUUUGACUAUACCGUUUGUCGACGAGAUGUUGGAAGUUUGAAUUUAUUAGUUGACGGAGUUCUCUCCAAAACUGCAGGCAUGGACCUAGGUGCUCAGGAGAAAUACGCAUUUCUCUUUGGUGAGGACUCUGUGGAAUCUUCAGCAGCAAGCUCUUUAUUUAGUUCUGAAGGCACACACGAGGAGCUCGCCGAGGAACCGGAGACGUUUAGUCUUCAGCCAUCACCUAUGCUAGACUCAGCUCUAUCUGAGCAAACGAAGAUUGUUACCGAUCAGGUUGUGUGUGAUAGAACAUCACUUGGUUUCUCAACGACUUCCAAUGCUGCCAACGAUAGCAUGAGCAAAGAACUGGAUACAAAUUCUUCCCAUGUGGAUGUUGCACAAGAAGAUGAUACGUAUCAGUCCUAUGAAUACAACCCACUGGGAUCUUACGGCGUUGGCCCAUACUAUCACACACAGCAGAUGGUGGAUGAUAUAACGGGGACCGACGAAGGUUGUGGUUCAACAGACAAUAGCACUGAGCUCCUCUUGGAAGAUUGCAAAGGAAGCCCCUCCUCAGUCAUGCCCAUAAACCACAUCCAACACAGCAGUUCCUCUGCAAGAUCGUUUGUAUCUGGAAAUCCAUGCACUCGCGAGAACAAGGGAGAAAUAGCUGCAGAGUUCAUCUUCAGGGUUCUGCCCUUGUCUCGUUUCAUUUUGCUUCGGAGCAUAAUGAUACUCUGCUGCCACAUAAUGGACGCCAUCGAUGUUACCAAAAUGACUCCGCAAAGCUUUAAACAGGUCUUUUACAUGUGCAUCUUGAAUGACCCCAACAACAACUUUUCAAUAAGCGUGAGCCAAAAGGUAACUGAGUUUUUGUUUACAAACUGGCCGCUCUUCGAAAAAUAUUACAACGCCAUUGGGAUCCCAUUCUUUGAUCCCGCAAUCCCCUUGCCCAGAUGCAAACGGAUGCACAGGGCCAAACAUACUAGUAUGCAGGGCAUAUUGGUUUAUGUCCUAGCCACUUUCGAUCCGGCAGAUUACAUUGGAAUAUCCAAUUCCAUUAGCUGCAUCAAGAUACGGCAAAACGAGAUAGUCGCUUUAGUGCGAACAGAAGGGAAGUGGGCUCUCGUUGACACCGGCCCUCGUCAAGGUUGGGUGGACCUAGCGUGUUUGCAGCACAACGAGCUGUUUUGUCUUGCUGAGUCUUUAGCACGUUACGAGCUGGACUCGCCAUCAUAA